AAUCUACUGUACCUUGCAACGUAAAAACUUCAAAAAUGUUACAUGAAGAAAGUUCAAAGAUCGAUAGGUCGAACAUUAUCGAAAAUAAAAUUAUAGAGAAAAAUGAAAAUUUAAAUGAUGAAUUAGAAGAUAUUCUCGGGAAAAUAUCCGAUACUUCUGGAAAUCCUGAUGAGCUUAGUGAAAAUGAAUUAGUUAUUAAUGAAAGGGAAAAAGUCAUUAUAAAUUCUUUGCAAGAUAACGUUAAAGAAAAAGCUACCGCGGCUCAAGCACCGAAAAAUCUAACUAUUCCAAGAAAGUCAAAUAAUUUUGACAGAAAAUCGACUAAAGUUGUCCAAUUAGAAACAUUGAAAAUUUUAGAUAACGUGGACGCGUCGAAAAUUAUCGAAAAUAAAAUUAGAGAUGUAACGUCAAUAGAAAAUUCAAACAUAGUAUCGAACAGCAAAGAAAAAGUUUUAUUAAUAGAAAAUACGGAAACUGGUGGUGAUUUAACUAAAAAUAUUCAAGAAGAAACAAUGGAUAUUUGGGAAAAUUCCAGUAAUGAUUCGUUGGUGAUAGAUUUAGGCGAACAUGAAAAUGAUGAAGCAUCGACUAAUUCUAUCGAAAGUUCGAACAUCGUAGGAAAUACGCCAGAAAAUGAAAAUGUAAGGGCAAUUUUCAAUGUUAAAUCAUUGGAAAUCGAAGAUAGUUCGAAGAAAUUAUUACAAAGCAACACCGAUGAGAAAACAAAAGAAAAUUCCAACAUUCAAGAGCUGCAAAAAGUAGAAAAUUCAGAAAAAUCAUUACAAAGCAAUGUAAUUGAAGAUUCGACUGAAAACAUCAACUUAAAAGUGUUAAAUGUCGAAAAAUCUAAAAAGCGAUUACAAAAUGAUACACAAGAUGGAACAAUUGAAAAUUGUAACGUUGGAACAUCGAAAACUACAAAUAAGGCAAAAAAAUCCGUACAAAAUAAUGUCGAUGUUAAAAUAUGUCCUGUCAAAAACGUUGAAAAUUUAGAAAAAGCUGACAAAAACGUACAAAUUGAUAACAAAUCUGAAGCUAAAAAGUUGAUAAGAUCAAAAACAUCCUUACAAACCAUCAUCGAUAGCAAAAUAAUUGAAGGUUUCUAUACCGAAAUUGGCUUACGUAAUCGAAAAGUCAAAAUAACUCCUCCAUCGCAAAUACAAAUUAAAAAACGUAAAUUAAAUAAUUCCGAACCAAAAAAGAUUCAAGAAUUAGAAACUUCAAAAAAUAAUUUGCCUAAUAUUAAUGUAAUUUCAAAAGAAAGAGCAAUUGCAUUAAUGAAAUCGAAAAUAUCGAAACCAACAACACAGUCAAUUGUUAUUCGUAAUCCAAAAACGAAAGAAGUUAUCAAAUUACAGGAACAAAUUGAUCGUCCUAAUUUGAUAGAAGAGCGUUCUAAAAUCGAACAACAAACUGAGAAAACAUAUCGACGUCGUGGACGGAAGAGAAAAUGUCCAGACCAAGAUAUUCAUAAAAAAGAUUUAGAAAAUAAUCUAGGAAUCUUUCCCAUUCCAAGUAAAAAUGUUCGGAUUGAAAAUGUUGAAAGUAUUAAUCAUGAAGUACAAAAUAGCUCAAACGAACGUAAUAAAGGAAUCUGUUCCAUUCAAGGUGAAAAUUUUCGGGGCGAAAAUAAUCAUGAUUUAGAUAACAUUCUGAUUGAAAAUAAUCAAAAGAUCUAUCCCAUUCCAAGCGACAAUAGCCAAGGUAUCAAUUCUAAUAAAGAAUAUACUCGUGUCGAAAAUGGUCUCGACGUACAAAAUAAUCAAAGGAUCAAAUCUGAUAUUCAAAGUGAAAAUAUUCGGGUCGAAAACCAACCUGAUAUUCAAACACUAAAUAUUCAGGUUGAAAAUAAUCAAAAUCUGAAGGAAAUGGUUGAUAUUCCAAUUAAAAAUUCAUUAGGAGCUGGAAAAAUAGAAAUAUUAGAAAAUAUUACGAUAAUACCAGAAAAUGGGAAUGAAAUAAUGAAUCAAACGGAAAAAUUUGGAAAUAAUAAACAAACAGACAAUACGGUAGUUUUUAUUGAAAAUUGUGAAAAUGAUUCUAGAAUAAUUCCAGAAUAUGGUGACUUAGAAAUAGAUUUUACUGAAGGAAUUGAAGUAGAUUUUACAGAAAAUCAAAAAACGAAAGAAGCAAUCAAAUUACAUCAACAAAUUGAUCGUGCUAAUUUGAUAGAAGAGCAAACCGAUCGAUCUAAAAAUGAGAAAAAACAACAAAAUAGGAAAAAAUGUCGACGUCGUGGGCGGAAAAGAAAAUGUCCGGACCAAGAUAUUCAUAAAAAAGAUUUCGAAAAUAAUGUAGGAAUCUUACCCAUUUCAAGUAAAAAUAUUCUGAUUAAAAAGGUCGAAAGUGUUAAUCAUGACAUACGAAAUAUUUCAAACGAAUGUAAUCAAGGAAUUAGUUCUAUUCAAGGUGAAAAUUUUCGGAGCGAACAUAAUCAUGAUUUAGAUAACAUUCUGAUUGAAAAUAAUCAAAAGAUCUAUCCGAUUCCAAGCGACAAUGGCCAAAAUACCCAGGGGAUCAAAUCUGAUACACAAAGUGAAAAUAUUCGGAUCGAACACCAACCUGAUAUUCAAACGGUAAAUAUUCAAGUUGGAAAUAAUCAAAACCUGAAGGAAAUGCUUGAUAUUCCAAUUGGAAAUUCAUUAGGAGCUGAAAAAAUAAAAAUAUUAGAAAAUAUCACGAUAGAACCAGAAAACGGGAAUAAAAUAAUGAAUCAAACAAAAAAAUUUGAAAAUAAUGAACAAACAGACAAUACAAUAGUUUUUAGUGAAAAUGAUUCUAGAACAAUUCCAGAAUAUGGUGACUUAGAAAUAGAUUUUACUGAAGGAAUUGAAGUAGAUUUUACAAAAAAUCCAAAAACAAAAGAAGUUAUCAAAUUACAGGAACAAAUUGACCGUGCUAAUUUGAUAGAAGAGCAAACCGAUCGAUCUAAAAUCAAAAAACAAAAUGGGAAAAAAUGGCGACGUCGUGGACGGAAAAGAAAAUGCCCGGACCAAGAUAUUCAUAAAAAAGAUUUAGAAAAUAAUCUAGGAAUAUUUCCCAUUCCAAGUAAAAAUAUUCUAAUUAAAAAUGUCGAAAGUGUUAAUCAUGACAUACGAAAUAUUUCAAACGAAUGUAAUAAAGGAAUCUGUUCCAUUCAAGAUGAAAAUUUUCGGGGCGAAAAUAAUCAUGAUUUAGAUAACAUUCUGAUUGAAAAUAAUCAAAAGAUAUAUCCCAUUCCAAGCGACAAUAGCCAAAAUACCCAGGGGGUCAAAUCUGAUACACAAAGUGAAAAUAUUCGGGUCGAAAACCAACCUAAUAUUCAAACAAUAAAUAUUCAAGUUGGAAAUAAUCAAAACCUGAAAGAAAUGGUUGAUAUUCCAAUUGAAAAUUCAUUACGAGCUGGAAAAAUAGAAAUAUUAGAAAAUAUUACGAUAGAACCAGAAAAUGGGAAUGAAAUGAAUCAAACAGAAAAAUUUGGAAAUAAUGAACAAAUAGACAAUACGCUAGAUUUUAUUGAAAAUUGUGAAAAUGAUUCUAGAGUUAUUCUAGAAUAUGGUGACUUAGAACUAGAUUUUGUUGAAGAAAUUGUAAUAGAAAACACAGAAAAACUUAACGAAAAUAAAGUUGUAACAUCUAAAGUUAAGCAUGAAGUUCCUAAAAAUAAUGUGAUAGAAAAUUGUGAAAAUGAUUCUAGAAAAAUUUCACAGUAUGGUGACCUUGAGAUAGAUUUUACUCAAGAUAUUUCGAUUGGUUUAAUUCCUGGAAAGUCUAAGAAACCUGUUGUGAAUACGAGUAAAAAUUCGAUUAAAAUUUUAAGGAAAUAUUUGAAAGAUGAUUUUACUGAAGAUAUUUUGGUGACUACAGCAAAUCAACUGAAUAACUUGGAACCAUCAAAAAUUGCAGAUUUAAUACUUGAAGAAAUAAUUGAAGAUGUGUGUGAGAAAUUAAAUUUUGAGGAAUCACCACCAGCUAUACCUUUAACAAAGAUUCAGCAACGAUUAAUAACACUUAUUUAUUAUCUCCAUGAUCGAGAAAAUAUUCCGGACUUUUUGAAUGUAAUGUUAAGCAAGCUUCAUAAAUAUUUAUUGGAUAAAUUCGCACCAUUGUUUGGAUUAGUGCGAGUUAUAAAAAUGUAUAUUAGUUUUUGUAAACUUGGGAAUAGUUUCGAUAAAAUGCGAGAUUUGAUAUGGCAAAUUGCAUUGGUACAUCAAAUAAAAUUACCUCGUCUUAUGUAUGAAAUAUUGACAAAUUGGCCCGAAGUGAUGCCCAUCUAUAAUGAAGAUAAACGUAAUAUAUUAAUUGAAGUAGUAUUUUAUACAUUAUUAUGGGACACGUCAUCGAUUUAUGGUAGUUAUAAAAAGCCCUUAAUUGACUUUAUUGAAGGCUUUUAUAAUUAUAAACGUGGAAAAGUUAUUAUGAUGACGUUAGCCAACGAUCUUUUAAAAGAAUUUAAAUCAAAUUAUUCAUCAAACGAGCCAGUAACCGCAAUAUUAAUAUUUUGUAAACAUCAUAAAGGAUUGGAUGUUUAUAAAUUUAUAAUAAAAAAUUUAUUACAAAAUAUAAAAACAUGUACACAGUAUUUCAAAAGUAAUAAACAAUGUGAUAUGAAUGUACAAAAUUUAGCACAACGUACAGUCAAACUAAUUUCCCAAAUAGAUGAUGUGAUGGUUGAUCAAUGGGACUUUACUAGCGAAAUUGUUGAUUGUUUAUUAGAAUUGAUUAGGGCGUGCGAUGGUAUUUUGUGUGGUCAAGAAUUAGAUUUGAAAUUUUUUUUAAAAAACUUUAAGAACAAAGACUCAGCUAAUUUGAAUAGUAAAAUUGUUUCAUGAUUUAAAAAUGAGAACCUACUCUAUUAGUUUAAACACCCGUUAAUCCUUCAGACUGGGAUUACUCUUGUGAUGAUCUCACAAGCAACAAAGAAAGAAUAGUAUAUUAAUUUAGUUAUUAAAUGUUCCGGAUAGAUAAUGUCAUUUAUAAAAUAUAUUAUAAUCAUGAUUAGUUAUCACAUUUUUUUUGCCAUUGAACACACAGUGUAUCUACGGAGAUUGUCGAAGUAUAACGGAGCCAUCCGAUUUGUGGUUUUUUUACCGACUUUAUUGAAAUGAUGAAAAAAACUUUCACAGCUGUUAAUAAUUUUUGUUUGUUUAUUUUUUGAGUUUUAAAAAAUGUUUAUUUACAUCAUGUAAAGUAUGAAUAAUUUUGUGAAGGUAAAAAUUUUCAAGCGGUCAUUUCAUUUGAAAAAAAAAAGUUUUAAAAUAAACCUGAGAAAGCAAAUCUCUACGCUCUAAAACCGUUCUGAAGGGUUAAAAAUGGAAAGUAAUCAACUAUGUAUUCAUCUUUUAGAAAUUCGUUUUAUAAAUUAUUGUUGUCGGAAAUCUAUUUUUAUUUUAUUU